CCGGAAACAUUGAGCUGCGCGCCGUUGUGCGCCGUGUACGAAAGAGAUGUCACAAGGUGAAGACAUCAUUCUACCUACGGGAAAAUAUUUAACAAUUUAAUAUUUAACAAUUUGUGAGCUUGAGUCAUUUGCUGUUCUUCAAAUUGAAUGAUUUGUACAGUUCGACAGUAUGUCUGCCAUAUUUAAUUUUCAGAGUUUGUUGAGUGUAAUAUUCUUGAUCAUAUGCACCUGUACUUACAUCAGAUCGUUGGCUCCGAACUUGUUUGACAAGCGACUAGGCAAGGUUGGCUUUCAGGGUACUUUUUGGAAAUGUGCUAGGAUUGGAGAGAGAGUAAGCCCAUAUGUGGCCGUUUGUUGCGUCUGUUGUGCGUUUUGUGUUUUAUUUUGGUCGUAACAUUCCUACAUGAGUCAUUUUGAUCAUGAUGCAUUUGGUGUGUAUUUCUAGAAUAUAUCGUAAUAUAUUUGUAUAUUAAGAUUCGAGAUGUCAGAGAAUAAAAGAUUUUAAUAUCCAUUUGGCGACAAACAGCUA